GUCAAGACAUAAUUUCGUUUGGAAAUUAUUAUUGAAUUGAUCCAAGAUUCUACGAAUAUAAUAAAUUAUAAUAAGAUUUUUCACGAAUACAAUAAAUUUGUCAGUGCUAAUAAUCUUCAAAAUUUCACAUACUAAAAAAAGGAAUUUGUGAAGAGUGCAGCAUAUUUUCAUGCAAAAUUAAAAGUUAACAACGGUGGAAAAAACCGAUCAUAUUUGUAUAGACAUUUGUUAUCCUAAGUAAAACCCCAUGGAAUAUGUUCAUUUAACCACGAACAUAAGUUUCCUUCUGGAUUAUCGCCUUAGCUACCGCGCUGGUAAAGUUAAAUCGAACGAAUAAAAACGAACGAUUGGAUACAACUGGGAACAGUAAAUUAAAAGGUAGCAUCCAAUUUGCUAAAGAGAGUUGAAAACUUUAAUUCAAUACUUGAACGUAUUGCGUGGCAGCAAAAAAGAAAUUGAUUGGAGGUGAAAAACGUGCAAUCUUGGGGGAACAACGGGAACAACAGCAUCAUCAGGGAGUGAUCAAAAGCGGUAUCAAAAUCGGUGGGUCAAAACAAAAGUUAAACUAAAAUGUCGGCUGUGGAUUUUGUUGCUGGGUGUUUAGGAGGUUGUGCGGGUUUAUUGGUUGGUCAUCCUUUCGACACGGUUAAAGUUCACAUGCAAACGCAAGAUGUGAAAAAUCCGAAAUACCGUGGUUCGUUCGAUUGCUUAAAAUCACUCAUGGCCAAAGAAUCGUUUCGCGGUUUAUAUCGUGGAAUGUCGAGUCCAAUGGUGGGUGUAAGUGCAAUAAACGCAAUCGUUUUCGGAGUAUACGGAAAUGUACAACGAGUGUCAUCGAAUCCGAACUCAUAUAUGUCGCAUUUUUUAGCCGGUUCAUUGGCUGGAUUUACUCAAAGUAUCAUUUGUUCGCCGAUGGAAUUGGCAAAAACGCAACUGCAAUUGCAAAAGCAUAGGCUUGGCAUGGCGAAAUUCAAUGGGCCAACUCAAUGCCUAUCGUAUGUUUAUCAUUGCAAUGGGAUCAGAGGUGUAUUUCGAGGGCUCGGCGCCACUGCACUUAGAGAUGUGCCUGGAUUUGCAUCGUAUUUUGUAUCGUAUGAAUUUUUGAUGCAAUUAAAAACCAAUCCGGAUAUAUUAUACACAUUAUUUGCCGGUGGUACGGCUGGCGCCUUUUCGUGGACAUUCACAAUACCAAUCGACGUCAUUAAAUCACGUUUACAAAUUGAUGGCAUGAAUGGUGAACAAAAAAUGUACAAUGGUAUGAUCGACUGUUUUCGUAAGAGUUACAAAACAGAGGGGAGCGCAUUUUUAACGCGGGGUCUCAAUUCAACACUACUUCGGGCAUUUCCAAUGAAUGCCGUUUGUUUUGUGGUCGUAUCAGAGACACUUAAACACUGGCAAUAUCAUAUCGAAGGGAAACCACCUACAAAGACAGUAGCAAUAAAACAAACGAAAAAUCCAACAGAAGAUCAUUGGCAACAUAAACGAAGAAUAAUGCAAGGACUUUUACACUUUAGCAGCGCAUUUAACGAUGCGAUUUGUCCUUCGGAAAUCAUGGAAAUUGCAUACGAUUGGUUUGAAAAUAAUAAAAUCCAUUUCAGCAAUAACCGCGUUAACUUUAAACCGAAUUACGAGACAUAUCUUGAUGCAUAAAAGUUUUUUUUUUUAAAGAAAUUUGAAUUUUUUUGUAUUUAUAUUAUUUAAGUUAGGAAUAUCGAUUUU